UCCCAAAAAGGACCUUGCUCUUGGUGGCGCAGGUGUAAGGGGCGUAGAGAGAGGAGGAGUAUUUGUGAAGUCUACAUGUAUGGCUCUGUACAUGGAGGAAGCUGCGGUGUAUGAUUUGGAGCCCAAAUGGAAGGGAAAAUCUGCAGAGGAACUGCUGGCCUCCCCCAACUUCUUCAUGGACAUCGUAAACUGCCCUUUUCAGAAAAUGUCACAUAUGGCCAUGAUUUCAACCCUAGAUGGUGAAGAGUUCUCAGGGAAAGUGGUGGACAAAUUGAAAGCCAUAAUGGAAGCCUCAGGAACUUUCUCUCCACAACAAUCCCUUUUGGCACUCCACAAAUUCUUGGAGGCCUUCAAGGGAAAAAUGUUGACUUACGGUUCAGCCAUCUUCUUUGCCUAUUCAAAAGCUGGGCUAUUAAUUGCGAUCACUGAAGAUGGGUCGGUUCCCGAACAAGAAGAUGUGAUGAUAGAAGAUAAAGCCCUCACGCAGGCUCUUUUGGAUUCCAUUAUUGGGGAGCACGGGGUCUCCCCUGCUGCCAAGCGCUCUGUUGCGAAGCGUCUCUCAGAAGCGCUGAGCAAAGCCUAAUUAUUUAGACUACGUUUCCUGUGUUCUUUCAGGCACACAUUACAACUCAUCCACCGAUCUCAUCUCAUCUCAUCUGAUCCUGUAGAGAGAGAGAUGGGAAUAGUUGGCCUUCCAGGCAUGGAGGUGGAAGGAGUCGUCUUCUCUGCAACUGUGAAGCCGCCGCUCUCCUCCUCAUCUUCCAAAAAGGAUCUUGCUCUUUGUGGCGCAGGUGUAAGGGGUGUGGAGAAAGAGGGAGUAUUUGUGAAGUUUACAUGUACGGCCCUGUACAUGGAGGAAGCUGCGGUGUAUGAUUUGGAGCCUAAAUGGAAGGGAAAAUCUGCAGAGGAGCUGCUGGCCUCCCUCAACUUCUUCAUGGACAUCAUAAACUGCCCUUUUGAGAAAAUGUCACAUGUGGCCAUGAUUUCAACCCUAGAUGGCAAAGAGUUCUCAGGGAAAGUGGUGGAGAAAUGCAAAGCCAUAAUGGAAGGCUCAGGAACCUUCUCUCCACAACAAUCCCCUUUGGCACUCCACAAAUUCAUGGAGGCCUUCAAGGGAAAAAUGUUGACCUACGGUUCAGCCAUCUUCUUUACCUAUUUGGAAGCUGGGCUAUCAAUUGCGAUCGCUGAAGAUGGGUCGAUACCCGAUAAAGGAGAUGUGAUGAUAGAAGAUAAAGCCCUCGCGCAGGCUCUUUUGGAUUCCAUUAUUGGGGAGCACGGGGUCUCCCCUGCUGCGAAGCGCUCUGUUGCGGAGCGUCUCUCAGAAGUGCUGAGCAUAGCCUAAUUAUUUAGACUGUAUUUCCUUUCUUCUUUCAAGUUUGAAUAAUGAUGUUUACUGUCCUAUGUUCAUGAAAUUGAUAAAUGGGAACCAUUUCUGAGCUUCAUUAUAGUAUGAUUUGUUUGCUUUGCACUUAUUUUGAUG